AUGUUCCACUUGUCAUAAAUGGAUUAAAUAUUCUUAAAAUCUUUGGCAGAUGUUGUAAGAACAUCAAGGACUACAUCCCAAUAUGACAAGCUAACAUUUACCACUUAAACAAUAGCCGAUAUUAAAAACGAAAUAUAAAGUAGAUAGGAAUCAGUGAGAUAUUAAGCAUUGUUAAAAUUGUUCUUUCUAGCUAUGGAGGGGAAUAACAUUAGAUGGGCAGAAUUUCAAAUCAUAAAUUUGAUGGGCUGUGCAGAUUUCUAAUUAAAAUUAGGUGCUUAAUUAGCAGCGCAUUUAGUAAUUGAUAGCCAAAGCCAAGGUCUCAUUAUGGUUACAAAUGUAUUUUAAAAGGAAUUUAAAAAUGGUCAUGUUGAAUGCUCUGCUACUUUAAGUUGUUUGGGAACUAUAGCAAAUAAAGAUUUAUCAGAUUCCUUAUUAACACAUGUUUUAAAACUUACUACUAAUACUAAGCCAUUAAUAAGAAAGAAGGCAAUAGCAGUGUUAUCUAAAAUAUUUACGAUAAAUCCAUUGAAUAUUCCUGGCAACUUAGAGAUGGUCAUAUAACAAUUAUAAAAAGAAUCAAAUAUUUCAGUCUUGGCAUGUGGGAUUAGUUUAUUUUGUUCAGUAAUGAAGGUUGCCCCAAAGCUCUAUCCUUUAUUUUUAUCAAUUGUUUACGAUUAAAUUUCUAAGUAAAAAUCAAAUUGGUUGUUAAUAAAACUUGUUAGAAUUUCAAAUAAAUUGAUAUCUUUAGAACCUAGGUUUUAAGGUAAGUUAAUAGAACACUACACAAGAUUGCUUAAUUAGACAAAUUCUAAAUCUUUGUAAUACGAACUAGUUUAUUCAAUAAUGAAGUAUUUUAAAAAUCAUUCACAACUUUAUGAAAGUGCAGGAGAUAUUUUAAAAUAAUUUUUAAAUCAUCAAGAUCCUAAUUUGAGAUGUUUGGGAUUGGAAUGCUUAACACAUAUUUCAUCAUCAGCUGGUCUAAUGGAGUUUUAAGAACAGAUUCUAGAGAGUUUUAAAAAAAGUGAUUACUUUUCAAAACUAUAAAUUUUAUAGUUGUUCAAAGAUUUUACAAAUCAACAGAAUUUUCAAACAGUUAUUGAAUUCUUUUUAAAAUAUUCAGAUUUGGAAAGCAAUCAUAAAAUUAUUGAAUCAUUAAUUUUCAUAAUAAUGAAAGAUAAAUUUAUUAAUGUCGAUGACCCUGAGAAAUUAUUACUUGUGUAUAUUCCAGUUAUUGCUUAAAAAAUAGACACUAUUGACAAUGCUAUUAGAUUUAAAGAAUUGCUUUUUGAAUUGUUAACAAGAGUUCCUGGAUUAAAAGUUUACUCAGAUUAACUGUGCAAUCAAAUACUUUAAACAUAUGCAAUCUAAUCAGAUACCUUGCAAGGACCUACUUUGAAUAUUGUUUAGAGACAUACUUAAUUAAAAUACUCCUUAAAUCAUAGAGAAAUAAUUUUUAAAUCUUUAAUUAUGAUAGUGGGAGAAUCAGUUAAAUUAUUGAAAUUAGAUGCCCUUACAAAUAUAAUUAAAUUCUUAGAAUAAUUGAAUAUAUUGAAUUGUUAUGAAUCAUCCUUGUCCGAUAUAGAUUCAUUACUAUUUAAGAUAUACAUCCAAAUUAUUAAAACAGAUCCAUCGAAUGAUAUCAUUCCAUAAAUUGAACAACUAAUAAAGAAUAUUUAUAAUAAAUUGCACAACAUUUCAAUUGUGAAAAUUUCAUUCUUUUAUGAAUCCUUCAUAUUGAAUAAGACAAAAGAAUAAUUACAAUAAUUAUAUAAUUUAUAUGCCGAAGAUUUACCUCCAAUUAAUUUAGAAGCAUAAAAAUUGAUUAAACCACCUGAAGGAUUGGAUAUCACUCAAUCAUUCUAAAUAGAUAUUGAAGAAAUUGAAAAGAUUAAGAAUUCAAAUAAUGAUUAACUCGAACAAAAACCAAUAAUUUAAUAAUUAGAAUAAGCAGAUUUAGUAUCAAAAGAGUAAGAAGAUCAAAACACUCAAAUAUUGAAACAGGAAGAGAAUGAAGAAGAAUUAAAACCAUUAAAUACUAAGACAGAUCCAAUUCCUAAGAAGGUAUUUACAAUCAACAGAGAUGAAGAAUUACCACCUGGUGUAAAUUAGAACGAUAUAAAUUAAUCUAAAGAAGAAGAAUGA